CAUAACACUUAGGUGGUGAUAGACAGUGAACGAUGGUGUGGUACUCCGGCAGCCACCAGCUCUUACACCACUACACCAAACUCAUGUCAUCGCACGUGUCCAACUCUAGGCACGACAUCGCCAUCUCCCUCUUCCAGCACCUCCACUCCACCCUCCUCCUCCCCAUGGACCCCCACCUCCUCUCCCUUACCCUCAAGUCCUGCACCGCCCUCAACCUUCCCCUCCUCGCCACCUCCCUCCACGCCCACGCCGCCAAGUCCUCUUUCCUCUCCAACCCCUUCGUCGCCUCCGCCCUUCUCCACCUCUACGGCUCCCGCCUCUCCCUCCCACUCGCCCAUCACCUCUUCCUCCAAAUACCGGACCCACACCGAAACGUCGUCGUCUGGAACUCCAUCAUCUCCCUCCACGCCCACAAUAACAACCUCUCCCUCGCCCUCCGCCUCUUCCACUCCCUCGACACCGCCCCCACCGACUCCACCUUCAACCCCAUCAUCUCCGCCUUCGCCCCCUCCCAUCCCCUCCAAUCCAUCUCCUUCUACCGCCAAAUGCUCCUCCACAACCUCAAACCACGCCUAAUUACACUUUUAUCUCUCCUCCCCGCCUGCGUCAACCUCGCCGCCCUCAACCUAAUCAAAGAAAUCCACGGUUACGCUGUCAGGAACUCCAUCCACCCGCACCACCAGUUCAGCAGCGCCUUGGUCGAAGCCUACGGAAGAUGCGGUUCUCUUCGUUGUUCCACUUUGAUGUUUUCGACGAUGAGGGACGAGGACAAGGACGUUGUUGCGUGGAGCAGUUUGAUUUCGGCCUGCGCUUUCCACGGCCAGGCGGAGGCCGCGCUGGAGACUUUCCGGCGGAUGGAGGCCGCCGGCGUGCGGCCCGACGGAAUUGCGUUUCUUGGGGUUCUGAAGGCUUGCAGUCAUGCUGGUUUGGCGGAUGAGGCCCUGUGGUUUUUUGCGAGGAUGCGGGGGGAGUAUGGUGUGGAGCCCGGGAGUGACCAUUACUCGUGUUUGGUGGAUGUUUUGGGAAGAGCGGGUAGGUUGCAGGAGGCGUAUGCGGUGAUUCAGGGGAUGCCGGUGGAGGUGACGGCGAAGGCGUGGGGGGCGCUGCUCGGGGCUUGUAGGAAUUUUGGGGAGUUGAGGCUUGCGGAGGUUGCGGCGCGGGCGUUGGCGGAGGUGGAGCCUCGGAAUGCUGGUAAUUAUGUGCUGUUAGGGAAGAUGUAUGCGAGUGUGGGAAGGAUGGAGGAGGCGCAGAGGGUGAGGAGGGACAUGAAAGAGAAGGGGGUUAAGGUUUCUGCUGGGAGUAGUUGGGUUGUGUAUUCUGAGGUCUGAUGAGAUUAGCUUCAUGUAAGAAUUGGAAGUUAAUGA